AGAUGGAGCUCCUUGUGAGCAGGAAGGUCCCUGAAGGAGAAACCAUCGCUGGGGCAACCUACCUGGCUGAUAUUGACCAAGCAGUUGUACUCACUCAGACAUUCGUCCAUCGAAUCCAAUCCUCGACGAAGGAUGCUGAAUGGACGUCGACGAACCUGCUCGACAAACCCGGCUGCAUGGUAUGGAAUGCACAGAAGGACGUGGUAGCGUGGUGCAAUGCGUCACACACUGCGUGCACAAUCGUCGACACGAGAUCGCUCGAGCAAUUCCAGAUCCAUCUCCCUGAUACAACGUCGCGCAUGGCCUGCGUCGCAGUAGGUCGACGAGCGUCCCAUGUCGUAUUCCAGUCGAUGCAGCAUCUCUAUGUAUGGCGAAGGCAAGUCAAAUCCACGGGCGGCACAUGGUCGACGCUUCCGCUUCCUCCACCAAACCCAUGUAGCCGAGCGUGGCAUGCAAUCACACAAUCUCGAACGCUCGGUUCGCUUCUUGUACUUGGCGCGAUCCAAUCCAAACCACGUGUGGAAGGUCAAGUUUUCCUCGAGUGCACAGCCGACAUCCUGGACUUGGAUGACGCGUCCUGCCGCUCUAUCGCAGCCAAAUCAACUGUGAUUCCUCAUCCACACGGCAGUAUUCUCCUCGACAUCGCAUGUCACACGUCAACCCAACGGUUGGUCCUCCAUAUGUCGACCGGCAUUGUCAAGUUAGAUUGGCACUCACAAACGCAUGCGACCAUCGAAGCCAGCUCUGUGACAAGUUGCUCAUGGUACGAUCGCGGCAUUUGUCUUUACUACCCUGACGGACGCAUCAACAUCCUCGACGACAACUUGACCACCCAGUUCAGCAGCAGUUCUUUUUUCUUGACGCCUUCAUCGCACAUUGCGUAUAUGCAUGGCAAGUUGCUUGUUUGUGGUCAAGACAGCCUGCGCGUGUACGGUAUAGCCGUCCUGUCAUCGAUGGCGCCUUCAACGUACGCUGCCGCUGCUUCCUGCGCACCAGCCGCAGUUGGGUCAUCCUGUCUCCCACUGCUUCGGCAGCCCACAACGGCAUCGCUCGCCCCACUGAUCACGCAGUUUACCCGCCAAAGUCCAAUUGACACCUCCCCAGAGCAAUUCCUGACGUCGUUUAGUCAGCUUUCCAAGCUGGUUCGAGUCGCCGAGAGAGAAGAUCUCCUUGUGAAACUCACAGCGCUGACAAUACACAACCUCCACCGCGCGUGGCCUCACUCGAUGCGGCAGCUGCUCCACUUAGUCCUGCGGCAGGUUCAGUUCAUGUCGACACCUUGCGUCGACACAUUCACGCGACUGUUGAAGGAGUGUCCGCACACCACCACCACAAAGCAGCUUCCCGCGAUGGCGAUUCCUCGGUACUGCGCGACGAUUCAAUCGCUUCGAGAUGGCUCGGCGGGACCACAUGACGUUCUUCCCCCGUGGGCAGUGACUCUUGCGGCGAACUACCGCCACACGUUUCGCUCGACACCAAAUGAACUCGACGCAUGGAUACCCAUGAUUCGCUCGUACGACGUGCGCAAAAUUUUCCAUCACGUCGACGUGGCCCUGCUUCGACGCGAUCCCCAAGACCUUCGCUUCCUCCGACUGGUUGCUACUGUGCUGGUGCUGCACCUUGUGGACGUGACGCCGUUCGUUCCGUCGGUGGGGUUCUCGUCGCUCGCGACGACUCCGCCGCGGAUGGCUGGCUUGACCAUGUGGAGCCAUUGCCGCCACCACCCCCAAUGGACACUAUCGACUGCUACCAAGUUGGCAACGGUAUCGAAUGCAGCACCAUUCCUCGUUACGUUUUGCUCGCAGUUUUUCACAUCGCACACUGACGAGUUUGUCACAAGUUUGUGUCGCCAGCACCCACAACUUAUUGUUCCCACGGUGGUGCGGUGUCACUUGCGACAAGUGUGUAGGGUGUACGGAGCGCUUCGUCUGCUGCCGUACCAUCCACGACGCAAGCGCUUCCGUCGCGCAUCCGAUUCAACGAUCCAAGAUGCUCGGGCGCAUUCGUCCACGACGGCAAGACCAGGUCUGUCCACAUCUCGAUUCUAUCGACUGUACACGAUGCAACCUGAAGACGCCGACGUGGCGUCGACGGACGAGAGCAUCGCCGCCCACUUUGCCGUCCACGUUCUCCGGCAUAUCAAGCGUUUUGUUUUGCUCGUGUCGCCAUCUCCGUCCGUGUUUUCGAGUCUCGAGUCACAACCACCGUCGACCGCACAAAUGGAACUCGCCCAUCGAAUCGACCCGGACUGUGCAUGGCGCUUCAUCGACACCACUCGACAAUCCUCUACGGCGAUGGACAAAGGCCAGGGCCCAUUGCUGGCGGCAUUUGCAUGGACUGCGUGGGCUUGUAUCGCUCGGGAACUGGCUGGCGAUGCGCCGUUGGGUGGUGGGCGUAUCGAGUCGCGGCACGGCUGCUGGCACGUCGCACGGCUUUCGUCCGCCGUGGUGUUUGGCAAGUCGGAUCUCGACAUUCGCACGGCGCAGAUUCAAUCGUUGUCGCACCACGUCCACACGUCGCCUGUCGAUGCCAUGGACGUGUUGGCGUUCGUGACCAUCGGGGCCAAGCCGCUGCUCGCCAAGCGGACAUCGGCUUUGAUUACCCAGUGCAACAAUGCUGUACAAAACAGCCCAUCCAAGCGCAGCUUGACUGUGGAAGAUGCCCAAGCUUGGAUGUCGGCUCGACUCCCUUGCCGUGAAAACGUCAAUUGGAAUCGGGUGGCGUCGGAUCCGUGGUUCUGGGCGUUCUGCGCCGCGUUGACAGACCUCGAAACGGCGUCUGUCCAAGAAUGUCGCACGAUGGCGCCUCCAGUUGCGGCAGUUCUUGCGAGCGGAAUGGCCUCCACUGACGCGACACGGCAAGCCAUGCACGAGGCAGUGACAAAGCACCCCUUGCGGUUGUUGCACACGCGUCAGUCGCAGUCCGAGGUGAAUGUGAAGCAGCGGUCGCCGUCUGUGGUCCAUGUCCUCAAACUGUUGCAGCUGCAGAGAGCACAGCACGUGUCUCGGCCGUCGAGCGGCGAAACCCAUGCGACGGAAACGCAAACACGGCCAACAAAGCCGACAAGGAUGGAGCCGUUGACCGAAACACGACGUGGGGUGCAGCCCCUGGCGUGUAAUUACAACGAUUCGACGACACAGGAGGUGGCUCUGAAGCUCUUGCGCAAGAGCCAAAGGAUUGGGUCGGCUGUCGCGCUGCGUCCCCGCGAUUUUCGCAGUGCCCCCAGCCUCCCUCGUUUGCCUCAAAUCGAAGAGGAUGUUGUGGCGAUUGCUGAAAACAGCACGCAAACGAUCGACGUCAACCACCCAGUCGAAGGCCCGACACAUGCUUCGACAGAGACGUCCGCGCAGCCCGCAGCGAUUGUUACAAGCACAGCCACCAUGACGGCACCAGUGCCAACAGCGGACAGCACCGUGGUGACGGACCCGCCUCCUCCCACCAUCACCCAAGCGACUUCUACCGCCACGUACGCUGUGCCUUCCAUGAAGCAAACCGUGAAGUUUCCAGUGUACGUGGCGGUGCCACCCCCGCAUGACCAGCGACAAGGAUUUUUGCAUGUUGCCGACUUGGACUUCACAACAACGUCGCAACCAUCGCUUGGAAUUCGAGCACCACGAAGAAAGCCGGCAUCUCCGGUGGAUGGACGGGAUGCACCAGUAACGAAUGACAGGAUGGAGGGUCAAGUUGACAGCAAUGCCAAGGCACAAAUGGAAGCUAUCGCGAGCGCCAGCAAUUCCCUGCGAACUGCGUACGACAGCGUUCCGAUGGACGACGGUGUAGACGACAGCUUUCUCGAGCCGACAACAGGUUCCACGGACGAGCACGACCUGUCGGGGACAAGUCGACCGGCAGGAUCCACAACGACGUCCCUUGCCCGCGUGGCAUCGCUCCAGCACCAAAUGCAAUGCCUCGCCGAGCGCCUUCAAUCGAUCGAGUCAUUCGCUGACGCGAUGGAGUCGGAAUUCGCCCAUUCGCAUGAGAUGCUUGCCCAGAUCCAAGACCGGAGACGAGGGGUGGCCGGGCUGCUCGAUAGCGGAUUCCCCAAGAAACUUCAAUCGCUCGUCGACGCAACGAGUGACAUGCAGCGCUCGCUGGACGUGGCCAGGGACAACCUCGUGCAUGGCCCUCACGAAAUGCACGGAAAGGCGUCGUCGGUGCGGCGCACCAGCGCGUUGGCAAAGAGAGCGACGGAUGGCAUGGCCCAAGCCAAGCAACUCUUGAGGCAGCUCGAAACGACGCUCCACAUGCCUGCCAGUUAACCCAUGUCGGCUAUCCAUCGGCGCGACUCGUUACUCGAUGGCGCGCUCCGCAAGCAGAGGGGUCAGCGCCGUCGUCCACGCCUUGUUCAACGUGUACCUGCUCCUCCGUCAAAUCAUAGCAGUGUAAGAUAUAGAGACCAACCAGCGCUUCCAGUCCUCCCGCGAACAAUACGCGAGCACAUGCGCAAACAACGGAGGGGACAACGUGCGC